GAUAUGAGGGGAGGGGUUAAGGAGAAAUCCCCACUCGUUGCUCUCCCGUCUCCUUUUGAUGUGAAAUACAUCAGCGCUUUAUUGGCAGCGCUAUUGGAGGUCAGGGGGAGAAGCCUGAAAAACUUCGGGUCGAAUUCUCCCCGAGGCUUUUCCCGCUGGAAUCAGUUGGGAAUGGGAAUCCGCAGCCUCCGGGAUGGGGGGACAGGGAGCGGCCACCCCCUGCCAGCCCCUCUGCCACCGCUGCCAGCCGGGAGCUGCCACCCCAUCACCUGCUCCGGCUGCCGGGGUGGGUUUGGGGUGGUUUUCUUUAGGAUGGGGAAGUUUCUCCCCCCCCCCCGCUUUUAGGGUUUUGGGGAGCAGGAUCCGCACCACGGCCCCUCCAGCAUCUCCCAGAUCCGUAUUCCCUCUCCCCGCGCUGAGGUCAGCUCCAAGCAAAGCCGAGGCUAAAAAUAACCUCCGGGAUCUGGUUUGUUGCUACCUCUCCCCCUCUCUCGUGCUCCAAGAGUCCCAAAUAUUCCCUGGAAAAGGGCGAGAUUUAACGCUGGGAUUUACUGCGAAGGGCGGGGGGGGGUUGCUGAAAGAAAGUACAAACCCGGGUGGGCUCUGAAUAACUUUUAUUCCCCUCCCUCCCCUUCUCUCUCUCGCUCGUUCUUGCCGUCUUUCUUCCUUCCCUUCGGUUUUUUCCCCUUUCCCCGGACGAGACAUAUGGAAUCAAUUUCCAAUCCUGACACUGAAGGCUGGCCAAUUCCUACUGGCUCUAAAAAGCAGAAUCCAUUUGGUUCCCUUCUCUCCAGCACCCCUUGUCACUCAGUAUUAUAACCCUCUUGCAACAUUUUAAGUCUUUAUAAAGAGAAACAGCUUUCCAGAGAGAUACCAGGGAUUCGGGAGUGGGGGAGGUUUUUUUGGGACUUUUUUCCCUCUUUUUUAUGGUUUUUUUUUUCCAAGAGGGGAGCGUUCGAUCGCCCCCCUCUCCCCCACCUCAUCCCUUCUGGGCUCGCUGUCUCUCCGCGAAGGGAUUCUCAUCCUUGCCAUACUUUGAGCUCUUUUGGACGAAUUUCUAAUUUUUCUCCACCUCGAGCCCUUUCUGUUUGAACAGAACAAGUCCAAAAAAAAAAAAAAAUCAAAAAAAUAUUCAAAACAUCUUUGAGAGGGGAAAAAAAAAUUCCAAUCCGAGCGAGCUGUCGGCGAGAUCCAGCGGGGGUGAAAUAAAGUAGUUUCUUCUCCUUAAUUUGCCUGCUCCAGUGGCGAACCCGCACCGCCCCGAUCCGGCUUUUCUCCUUCUCCUUGGAGUCCUGGCCCGGAGUCUCGCAGUCCUUCUCCUCUCUCAAAAUCCACCGCGGCCUCGAAUUUGCCGGAGCAGCCCUCGGAGGAUCGGUCAGCUCCCACCAGACAGCUGGAGAGGGGCUGUCACGUGGCCUUGGGGUGCCAAUGUUCUGCCAUAGGGGUGUCAAGACCCUGGUAGCCGAAAAAAUCCUUGUGGGGCGCCCCAGAGAUGCAGAAGACCACGUACUACGACAGCUCCACGCUCUUCGGGGGUUACUCCUACGGCAGCGCCAAUGGCUUCGGCUACGAGGGUCCCCAGCAGCCUUUCCAGGCCGCUUCCCACAUGGAGAACGACUUCCAGAGGUCUGCCUGCUCCCUGCAGUCUCUUGGCAACACAGCCCCACACGGGAAAAAUAAAGAGCUCAACGGGAGCUGCAUGCGGCCCAGUUUGCCCCCGGAGCCGCCGGGCUCGCCCAACGCCAACGCCGCGGCCACCAGCGCCGGGGGCAGCAGCAAUAGCCAGGCUGGGGGUGGCAAAAGUGCCCCUGGCAAAGCCAACCUCAGCGCCAGCGCCAGCCUCUCCAAGCAGAUCUUCCCCUGGAUGAAGGAGUCGAGGCAGAAUUCCAAGCAGAAGAACAGCUCGCCCAGCGCAGAAACCUGCAGCAGCGGCGAGAAAAGCCCCCCGGGCUCCUCGGCCUCCAAGAGGGCCCGCACCGCCUACACCAGCGCUCAGCUGGUGGAGCUGGAGAAGGAAUUCCACUUCAACCGCUACCUGUGCCGGCCGCGGCGCGUGGAGAUGGCCAACCUGCUGAACCUCAGCGAGAGGCAGAUCAAGAUCUGGUUCCAGAACAGGAGGAUGAAGUACAAAAAAGAUCAGAAAUCCAAAGGCAUGGGCUCUUCCUCCGGAGGGCCUUCCCCCACGGGCAGCCCCCCGCAGCCCAUGCAGGCCUCGGCCGGCUUCCUCAACGCCUUGCACCCCAUGAGCGGCGGCUACGAGGCGCCGUCGCCGCCUUCCUUCAGCAAACCCCACCAAAACGCCUACGCCGUGGCCACCACGAGCUACCAGCCGGCCCUGAAGGGCUGCCCAGGCCAGCAGAAAUACGCCGCGGCCACCGGGCCGGCCGAGUACGAGCCGCACGUCCUGCAGGGCAACGGGGUGGCCUACGGGACGGCCAGCAUGCAGGGCAGCCCCGCGUACGUCGGAGGGAACUUUGUGGAUUCUAUGGCCGCCUCUGGCCCGUCCCUUUACGGCCUCAACCACCUGCCACACCACCAGGCCGGCGGCAUGGACUACGGCGGCGUGGCCCCGGGCCAGCCCCACGGACCGUGCGAGAGCCACCCCACGUACACGGAGCUCUCGUCGCACCACGCGACUUCUCAGGGCAGAAUCCAAGAGGCGCCCAAGCUCACCCACCUGUGAGAGGGGAAGCUGUUGGGAUGGGGAGAAGGGCAGGGUGGGUUUCGGGGACCUUUGUGUUGAGCUGGUUUCUUUCCGUCCUCGCUGGUGGGGGGGAGGUUUGAUGGGGUUGUUGUGCUCGGGGUUUUGGGGGUUGUUAAGCACAAAAUCCAAGAGUUUUUGGUGUUUUUGGAAGGGAGAAACCUGGGUUUCCACACAAAUGCUUCUGCAAGGGGCUUGGGGUGGUUUUGUGGGGAUCCAGCAGGGUUUAAGAGGCCGAAUCCAUCAUUUCCAAGCCACGUCCGGAUGGUCACCGAUAAUCCCUGGAUGCUGAGAAGGAGAAAAGUCUGCCAGCCAAGUUUUGGGGUCUCUGCAUCCACAAAACCCCAAAGAGACCCACCAGGAAACUCCCCCCUCCUCCGACUCCUUCUCCAGACCCACCUGUGCUUUCCUUCCCAGCCUUCAGAGGAAGGGUUGUCCUUUUCCACUGGAAAAAGGAUAAAUCCACCGGAAAAAGGAUAAAUCCACUUUCCCACCGGGUAACUUCCCACCGGGCCCUGCCAAGAACUGCAAAUAUCCACACCCGCCAACGCCCGGGAGCCACGCUCGUCCCUCCAGGCCCUGCUCCCCCUCUCCCAACUAACACCACGAAAAAAUGAAACAAAUCGGCAUAAAAGAGGUCUAAGAACCACAAAAGGUUGGGGAAAUCAGUUUGGGGAACGCCUAAAUUCCCCUUUUCCCCCCUCCUGCCCCCCCAGAAUUCCAAAGAGAGGAAGAAAGAGUUGCCAGGUCUGAAUAUUUCCCUUCCUCCGCCUCUGCUGGGGUGAAGUCUCCGUUUGGGGGGGGUGGGGUUUUUUUUGGGGGGUGUUUUUCUUAGGGUUCACGACCAGAAAAAAGCAAUCUGAGAAGUCCUACGCUUCUUUCCUCCUCUCCUCUCGAGCUUACGUGAAAACAGGGUAUAUUUGAACAGAGGGAAUGUCCUCCCACGGAAGCAGAAGCGAACGGAUCCCUGGGAUUUGCUGAUGCUUUCCUGCCUGGACAUCUUUGUUGCACUUAGAGUUUACAUAUAAUGGGUAUUAAAAAAUUAAAAAAAAAAAACAAACAAAAACAAUUUUGAAGGGCUCUCAGCUCCGUCGAGGCGCCCUUCAGUUAGGUGUGUGUUCUGGUGAACAUUCAUAUAUAUUUAUUGGUUAUAGCCAGUUGAAAAUAUUUUCCUUUCUUUCUUUCUUUCUUUCUUUCUUUUUUUUUUAUUAAUUAUUUAUCCCCGACCCGAUGUAUUUAUAUGAGGGAAAAAAAGCAAGAAAACAACCAACCAACCAACCAACCAACCGAGAGUCAAACGGUACUUUUUUAGUAUUUCCUUGUUCCAAAAAGAAAAAAAAAAGAGAAAAACAACAACAACAACAACAACAACAACAACAAAAGGACCUUGUGUUCCCCUUGUCAUUGUACCACGAGCUUAUUUUAGUUAUUGUAAUUUAGGGAGAACCAGUAGUUUUAUGUUACCUUGGUACUUAUGAAUAAUGUAAUUAGUUCUACUGGAGGCAUGAGAGCAGAACCAGACUGUAAUUGUUUAGUCCUGAAUUAGAAGAAUUAAUAGCGAAUCCCUCCCCUCCCGCCCCUCCUCUUCGGAGCUCUUUCUUUGUUCUUACAGUAGUUCUUUUCUUUCCUCGCUUCAAGGGUUGUCUGGUGAACAAUUCCUGAAUAAACUUUCUGUUAUCAAUUUUA